AUUCUAAACUUACGACUCGACGAGGAUGCUCUCUUCUGCUCUAAACAGCUAGGGUUCAUUGUUCAACACUUCAAUUUUACACCGCCGGUCUGCCGCUGCGUUCACUGGCCAGGACUACCAUCGGCAAUCGUCCACGACUGCCACGCCGAAGCUGACUUCGCCGGACGCCGGUCACUCGGUGCCUCAAUCGGACGCCCAGGACUCGAACCGGCGAUUUUGCUUCCUCCACUCAUCUUCGGCUCCCUACAUAGCCGUUAACAUCAUUUAUUCCGGAUUCUAACCAAAAGGUCUCGACAUCAAUGAAUCUACGGUGGAUCUGAAAAGGACAGCCUUCGUAUGCGCAAGUCCGAUUUCAGAUAAAUUUGAGUGAUCGCAGCCGGUAUAGUAAUGGGACAGCAACGACCGACGACGCGCAGUAAAAACAAAAGGAAUAGAGCUGAUGAAAAUGCUGAUGCUAUUUCUGAAACUUUCAGGAAAGUUCUUUCUACUGGACAGGUAACUGAAGAUGAUGUAAAUCAACUAUACAUGGUAUGGAGGCCUGCGUGUCAAGGAUGCCGAGUCAACAGCAAGGAUAAUCCCAACUGCUUUUGUGGAUUGAUUCCACCACCAAAUGGAAGUCGAAAAGCUGGUUUAUGGCAGAAGACAUCUGAAAUUGUCCAUUCCCUUGGGCCUGAUCCAUCUGAUGACCUUCGUGCAUCCCCAGACACACCAGCAGGCCUCACUAACCUUGGUGCGACAUGCUAUGCGAACAGUAUACUCCAAUGUCUAUACAUGAAUAGGUCAUUCAGGGAAGGUGUUUUCUCAGUUGAACCUGAGGUGUUGAAAGGAGAUCCAGUAUUGGACCAACUUGCAAGAUUAUUUGCUAAGUUACACUUGAGCAAAAUGGCUUUUGUUGAUUCUGCUCCAUUUAUCCAGACUCUUGAGCUUGAUAAUGGUGUUCAGCAGGAUAGUCAUGAGUUCCUGACAUUGCUUUUUUCUUUGCUUGAACGAUGUUUAAGCUGCUCUAAAGUAUCCAAGGCUCGAACAAUUGUCCAAGAUCUUUUCCGUGGAGGUGUGUCACAUGUAACAAUGUGCUCAAGUUGUGGAAAUGAAUCUGAAGCAUCAUCAAAAAUAGAGGACUUCUAUGAGCUGGAGUUGAAUGUUAGGGGUUUGAAGAGUUUAGAUGAUAGUUUGGAUGACUAUCUUAGCAUAGAGGAGCUUGAAGGAGAAAACCAAUAUUAUUGUGAGUCAUGUGCUACUCGAGUCAAUGCUACUCGUAGCAUUAAACUGCGCUCUCUCCCUGCAGUCCUUAAUUUCCAGCUCAAGCGCUGUGUUUUCCUUCCAAAUACUACAACAAAGAAGAAGAUCACAUCGGCAUUUUGUUUUCCUGAAGAAUUGAAUAUGGCACAAAGAAUAUCCGACCAUUUGCAACCAGAUUUAGUGUAUGACUUGUCAGCCAUAUUGAUCCACAAGGGCUCUGCAGUUAAUAGUGGCCACUACAUAGCACUUAUUAAAAAUGAGAAAACAGGGCAGUGGUGGGAAUUUGAUGAUGAGCAAGUUUCCAACUUAGGUUCUCAUCCAUUUGGGAGAGGCGCCUCUAAUUCUGCUGUUAAACCUGCUCAAACUGAGCCCCCUCUCCACACAUCUGCCUCUGAACAAAUGGAUGUUAUAGUAAAUGGAAAAAAUGUGAAUGGUGGUCAGCAAAGGUCUCUGAACACCAAUGCCGUUUGUAAUGCCAAGACAUUCUCAUCCAGUGAUGCAUACAUGCUGAUGUAUGCUCUUAGGAGUGCACGGGAUGGUGUUGAGGCAACAAAUAAUGGAACUGAUAGUCCUCUUCCAUCCCAUCUUCAUCAAGAGGUUGAUCAACUGAAUGUUGAGUACCUUGAGUCUUGCAAUCAAUAUAGAGAAAGGAAGGAGUCUGAACUCAAGCGCAUCACUGAGCGGCGGCAGGAGGUGCGCUCAAUUCUUUCUGAAGCGCCAGUUCAAUCACCUUGGAAGCCAUAUUUUUGGAUUUCUACUGAUUGGCUUCGUCAAUGGGCUGAUAGCAUCACACCAUCAAUAAUAGACAACAUUGCCAUACAAUGCAAGCACAGGAAAGUGCCAGUUUCAAAGGUGAACGCAAUGAAAAGGUUGUCACAAGCAGCUUGGGCCAUGCUAUUAUCUAAGUAUGGUGGAGGUCCAACACUGGCCAAUGAUGACCAUUGCAUGGAAUGCCUCUUUGAAAUGGCUCGCACAAUGGCUCGUGCAGACAGCUAUAGGGAUCGGACAGCACUUAUGAAAGAUCUAGCAGAGGCUGCCAUUGCAGGGAAGUGUCUCGAUGGCAAGUUGUUCUAUAUAUCAAAGUCGUGGUUGCAGCAGUGGCUUCGGAGGAAGAAUGUAGACUCUCCAUGUGAAGCUGAUGCUGGGCCAACAGCAUCAAUUAGAUGUCCCCAUGGGGAACUAUUGCCUGACCUAGCUCCUGGUGCUCGUCGUGCACUGAUUCCUGAAAACCUAUGGAAUUUUAUUCAUGAGACUGCUAUGGCUGUGAAGCCCGGUGAUACCUUGGGCUCUUCAACUUUCUCUUCAGAUUCAGAGCCAUGUGCCCAAUGCAGUAUUGAACUUUCGGAACAUGCAUGCUUGGAAGAUAACCUAAGAGAGUUCAGAAUUAGACAACGACAAAGUCAUGAGAGAUUAGCAGCUGGUAAAAGUAUAGCACUUUAUCCAAGCAACAAGUACUACUUGGUGCCUUCUCAUUGGCUGUCAAAAUGGAGAAGCUAUAUUAGUGCAACUGGGAAGAAUUCUUCUGCUGAACUUGAAACCUUGGGCUCAGUCAUGGAUUUACUCAUGUGUGAAAAGCAUUCAAGGCUUCUAGAAAGGCCUCCUGAACUGAUUUGGAAGCGUGGUGUGAUUCACCAGAAGACACCCACUACAGAUGGAUUGACCAUUGUCAGUGAGAAUGACUGGAAGCUAUUCUGUGAAGACUGGUGUGGUUUAGAGGCAAGAGGAAUUGUUGCUGAAAUUGAAUGUGUGGAAAAUGAUUUGGUCAUAUCUUGUGAUGAGAUGCCGUUAUCUGAAGGUCAUAUGACUGUGGAUGGUGAACCGAAUAUUGGGAUUGAAUCUAGAAAACCUAUCAUUAAGACUUUGCCAGAGGUAUGUGAAGAGUGUAUUGGCGAAAAGGCAAGCUGUGAGUUGCUGAAAAAACUCAACUAUUCCAAUGAGGACAUAUGUGUUUGUUUCGUUCGUGGAAAGGAACCUCCUAAAUCAAUUUUAGAAGCAUCAGUGAAUAGUUUGGAGCCAAAUCGACGAACUUCAAAGCGGUCCAGGAAGACAUCAUUUGGUAACUCUGUAAAUUUAAACGUUUCUGGAUCCACAUCAAUCUACCAACUAAAGAUGAUGAUAUGGGAAGCCUUUGGGGUUGUCAAAGAAAACCAAGUACUUCACAAAGGUUCUAGGAUAAUUGAUGUUGAAUCUGCAUGUCUUGCUGAUUUGGAAAUAUUUCCUGGUGAUGUUCUAUGGGUGACUGAUUCGGAGAUCCAUGAGAAUCGGGAUAUUGCUGAUGAGCUUUCUGAUCAUAAGAUGGAGGUGGACAAGGCUGAGGAAGGUUUUCGUGGAACACUUCUUACAUCAAGUGUAUCUUCCCAGGUUUCAGAAGCAUGCUUGAAUUAGUGAAGAUCCACUUGCUUGUAAUAUUAUUAAUUUUGGAAUGUGAAGAAGGUAUAGUGCUGGAGGUGAGAUCCUGUGUCACAUAAAUUACUGCUUAGUUAUUAUAAGAUGCUCAUAUUUUUGGGUUUUGGAUUUAUAGCCAGCCUCUCUUUUAUUGGUAACCUUUGGUCCACCCAAGCCUGGCUUGUAUCCAAUAUAUAAAUGACACAAAUCAUCCUGAUUGCUGGCUCGUGCACUGCAAGGGAAGUCCCAUGUUGACAUUGACUAGCUUGCAUGGGUAAAAACAUCAUGUUUUUUGGGUGGUUUUUCUACCUUAGAGUAUGGUUGUUUCCAGUUUAACCUUGUUACCUGCUCAGUUCUUUUUUGGCUGCCAGAUGGUUAAUGCAGGUAUUAGCUGGUAUAAUGAAGGGUGAGGUUUGGUUUGGGGUUCCUCUUGGGACAAGUUUUGUAUAUUAACUUUCUACCUUACCUUUGACGGUGAACUGUAAAUGAUGUAUUUUAUGGUUUUGGUAAAUAUAAAUUGUUACACUUUCGAUUCAA